GUUCCAAGCGUUGAGAACAUCUGUGUUAGAGGCUAGACAAAGACCUGAGCAGCUCGGAAGACAAGCAACGGAAAAAGCUAAUUUUAGGAGAGAGAGAACAGUGACAGCAGAUAUAUUCAUCGAACGAUUGUCAGAAGUGAAAUAAUCCUGCCUGCUCAAGGUAGUGAGGGGCACAGAGUGAGAGGUGGGCGGAUGCACACUCUCUACUCUCUUGCCCUGCGUUUUUGUUGCCCCUUCAGCCAACUUCGUCGCUCCUCUCCACCACCACAACCUCUCAUUCCACCAUCUGUGCCUGCUUCAGGCGCAAGUACCCCGUGGUGCGUGUGUGGCAUGGAGAAGGAGAGGGAGGAUGAAGAGACGGAGGGGAGGGAGAGACCAGAGCCGCUGACGGAUGUGGAGCGGGGCAUCAUUCAGGACACCUGGGCGCGUGUUUACGAGAGCUGUGAGGAUGUGGGCAUCACUAUACUAAUAAGGUUCUUUGUGAACUUCCCCUCAGCAAAGCAGUACUUCAGUCAGUUCCAGGACAUGGAAGAUCCAGAGGAAAUGGAGAAGAGCUCUCAGUUGAGGAAACAUGCCCGCCGUGUCAUGAACGCCAUCAACACAGUUGUGGAGAACCUUCAUGACCCAGAGAAAGUUUCAUCUGUUCUGGGGCUAGUGGGAAAAGCACAUGCACUCAAAUACAAAGUGGAGCCAAUGUACUUCAAAAUCUUAAGUGGGGUUAUUCUGGAGAUACUUGCGGAGGAUUUCGGAGAGUGCUUUACCCCAGAAGUGCAGACAUCCUGGACCAAACUGAUGGCAGCAUUGUACUGGUAUAUCACAGGGGCUUAUACUGAGGUGGGAUGGCUCAAACUAUCCAGCUCAGCGGUCUGAGAUUAGGCAUUCAUUCCUACUGUACAUGAACACUGGUUGUAACUCAUCAGCUUGGCUAGUCAAAGGACUGACUUAAGAGGAUAAAGAUCAAUAGAAUAGAAUUAGAAAUAUGUUUUCCAUCAUAUACAUCAUUUUCUUUCACCUUGUUUUAUACAUUUUUAGUAUAUACAACUCGAACCUCUAAGAUGUUGUCUGUGCUGUGUAGUGUAAUUUGCUUGUGUAUCUUUUAGGCUUGUGUUUCAAUGUGUAUAUCAAAACAGAUCACAUUUUAUUAUAAUGCCACAGCAGAAUUAUAAUACAUACUAACGCAUAAAUAGAAAAUAAAUAGCAUAAACCUGCUGUUCAUUUGUUAACUUUGUCAAGACAAUAGUGUUCUCCAAAAUACAAACCACACACAAGUCUUCAUUGUUCAGUACUUUACUCAUGGUGAAUCUAACCUUAUUGGUGCUUCUCACAUGAGAGGCAUAAAUGAAUAAAAUAACUCAUUCAAGAAGUGACCCAGUAUUCUCAGAUCUGACGUUUAUCCUUCUGUUAAUGUUCAUUUGGGAGUCACACUUGUGUUUUUCACGGUCAAAAUUGACCGGACACCUGAAAUGACACUUUUUUAAAUUUCUGUGAAAUUAAUGUAAUAUAAUUUUGUUCGAUAAUAUUUUUCUUUUUCAUUUUGUAUUUUGAAAGAAUUUCAUGGUACUGUUUAAUAUUUAUGCAAUAAUUAUGAUCAAUUUAUGAUUAAUCAAACAAUUUUUCUAAUAUUUUUUUAGCACUUUCUAAUAUUUUCUAAUAUAUAUUUUUUUUCAAUUAUGGCAGUAUUUUGGGUUAAAAUAGAGACAAUGCAUUUAAAUUGUAAAUUCAUUUUCAAGGCAAAUUAAUUCCAUAUGGUGGGAGUAAAAACAAGAUAAAAACAUCCAAACUUUAAUGGUUUAGCCACUAGAUUUCUAUAGAGCUCUAUAUAAAAGAUUUAUAAAUAAUUAUCUAGUUGUUUUUUUAAAUAAAUACAGCCACACCAGUUAAUUUGUGUGUGUCUAAUAGUGUGUUGUGUGUCUGUGAGUGUGUGUGUCCAAUUUGUACUAAGUGUCACCGCUUCCUUGGUGGCUAAAUUAUGGAUUUUAUUUCAGGUAUUUGCAAAAACAUGUUGUGUGUUACAGUCACACUAGUUCAUAUAUGUGCAUAUGUGGGGGGAGUGUGUCUGUUUUGCACUCUUAAUAUUUUAAAGUAUCACCCCUUAAUUGCUUUUUUCUGCAUUGCGAAUGAUUUGUAGAUAACACACACACACACACCCACACACACACACACACACACACACACACACACACACACACACACACAAAUAUAAUAGUCUCUGUAUUUUCACAUUUUUGCAUAUUUUUUAUUAAUUUCCAAUGCCAGUCAUAUUUGACCGCGAACAACAAAAGUGUGACUAUUUUUAAAUGACCAUUUAGCCUUCUUGAAUCAAGUCCACAAUUAUUAGUAUUAUUUUUAUUUUAUUUUUCUGCCAUAAAAGUCAAUGAGUUUCAUACCACUCCAGUGAAGCAGUGAUUUCUUAUAUAUAUGCAGGUUCAGGUCCGGUGACUGUGGAGGCCAGGUCAUCUGGCGCAGCACCCCAUCACUCUCCUUCUUGGUCAAAUAGCCCUUGAUGCCUUCAGUGUGAAUCUAAAAUUUUCAUAGUCAUGAAAAUAAAGAAAACUCUUUGAAUGAGAAGGUGUGUCCAAACGUUUGGUCUGCACUGUGUAUAUAUAAAAAAAAUCACUGCUUCACUGGAAUGGUAUAAAACCCACUGACCUUUAUGGCAGAAAAAUUAUAAUAAUAAUUGUAGAUACAUAUAUAUCUUUUUUUCAUUUUCUUUUUUCUAAAUAUGUUUUAUUCCAGUCUAAUGCUAUAUCAGACCCCACUGAGCACAAUUACUCAAUUAAGUCUAACUUGUUAAAAAAAACACACAUUUCAUUAUGUACAUGAAUUUGUUGCUGAUUAAAUAAAUAGAAUAGAUACAAAAAAGUCUAAGAAACACACCAUUCCAAAAAGUGAUGCAAUGAUACACAGACAUAAAAACAUGAUUGAUUAUGAUUUAUUCCACCAAAGUCUUGCAUUACAUGUCCUUUAAGUACAAAGUAUUUUUAUUAUAUAGUGUGUGUUUGUGGUUAUUUUGUUAUUUUGAUUUUUUUUAUCUACUUUAUCCUAGCAUCCAUCCUUAUACAUGGCUUACAAUGUUCUUCCAUGUAUACCUCACUCCAUAUCCAGCAAAACAAUCAUCACUUUCUUUCUAAAAUAGGCUCCUUAAUUUUACCAGCUUUUCCUUCACUCUUCUUCUCCUGUUCUUUGUAUUCACUCAGUCUUUUUCAUCUCUUUCUUUAUUAACAUGGCAUAUUCUUCCAUUAUCUAGCUAAUUCCACCUUUUGGCAGUGAGCCUGUCUCUGUGCAAUGGCCUGUGCCAGGUUUCCCUUGAAUCAUACACAUCCUCAAAUGCAGACAAACAAUGGUUCAGCUGUAUAAUAUUACUGAAAAAUGCUUUACCAUUUACUAAGACUGCAGACUGUUAAAAACCUGUUAUUUCUGGGUUCGUGCUCAGCAUAUUAUUAAAAUAUUUCCCAAAAUGCAAAUUAAAAAAACAGCAUACAUGAACAUGAAUAUUAAGUGGUAAACUUUUAUUUUUAUUACAGUUUCUGUAUUUGAGUUUAUUACACUGUCUCAUUAUCAAAAGACUGCUUUUUUUCUUUUGGUACAUAAUACUAAUCUUGGUGGAGUCAUACUACUUCAUAAAUAUAAACUAAAUAUAAGAGAUGAAUAUGAAUAUAAUAAAUACUAUCUACAAGCAUGUGAUGCAUCAUCUGUUAUUACUCUUAUACUGCCUUUGAAUCGUUGCUUUCAGAAGUCUCUCUUUGUUUGACCAUUGCCACUUGAUGAACUCCCUGUCAUUUAUAUUUUAGAGAUUAAAACUGUCCAGACAA